AUGAGGGAGUUGGUUUUUUACCCCUCGCUGCAGGCAGUGAGCAUGCAGCAGAGCAGGGCAGUGCCCGUGCUCUGCUCCAUCACGCUCUUCUCUCUCUACUGCCUUCUGCGCUUUGCCCCAGACCUGGACCUGCGAGUGCUCUUCUCCUCCUACCUCACACUCGUCGGUGGGGUGGCAGUGGCCAGCCACCUCGCUGACCCACUCAAGGCCGCUCUGCCCAAGGAGACCAACGACAGGCUGUCGGUCACGCUAAGUAUUAUGUGUAUGGCCGUGUGUCCUGCGCUCUUCGCCUCCUACCUCACGCUCGUGGGCGGGGUGGCAGUGGCCAGUCACCUCGCUGACCCACUAAAGGCUGCUCUCCCCAAGGAGAUGAAUGACCGGCUCUCUGUCACGCUAGUGGGUUUCUGUGCUGUGUGGCUGUGUGUCCUGCUCUUCUCCUCCUACCUCACGCUCGUCGGUGGGGUUGCAGUGGCCAGCCACCUCGCUGACCCACUCAGGGCCGCUCUUCCCAAGGAGAUCAACGAGAGGCUGUCGGUCACGCUAGGUGUGUGUGCUUCUGUGGUCGUGCAGUUGCGGUGGGAUGGGUGCGUGGCUGAUGUGCUGUGCGGUGGGGGGCUGAGUCACCUCGCUGACCCACUCAAGGUCGCAUUGCCCAAGGAGAUCAACGACCCACCUGUCGGUCUCCCUUAA